CAUUGCUUACAAAAACCCUAACCCCUUAUCUUCUCUCUCUCUCUCUCUCUCUCUCCGAACUCCAAAGCGUAGCCGCGCCAGCUCGCGACCUACGCGGUCACUGUCUCCCCAUGGCGCCGGCGAUGAGCGGGACCUUGGGCGCUUCGUCCGUGGCGGCGCUGCGGCCCUGCGCGGGGAGGAGGGUGCCCGCCGCGAGCUCGGUUGCGCCGCGGGGGAGCGGAGUGGCGAGGUGUGCGAGAGGGGUCAGGUGGGGGUCAGGGAGUAGCAGGGGGAGGUUGGUCGGGGUGAGGUGCGACGCAGCCGUCGCGGAGAAGCCCGCCGGGGAGGAGGCGACCGAGGAGAAGUUCGAGUACCAGGCGGAGGUGAGCCGCUUAAUGGAUUUGAUUGUGCAUAGCCUUUACAGCCAUAAGGAGGUAUUUCUUCGGGAGCUUGUAAGUAAUGCGAGCGAUGCAUUGGACAAGCUAAGGUUUCUUGGUGUGACUGAUUCUUCUUUACUUGCUGAUGGUGGUGAGCUGGAAAUAAGGAUUAAACCUGAUCCUGAUGCUGGAACAAUUACUAUCACUGAUACUGGUGUUGGGAUGACCAAAGACGAGCUCAAGGACUGCCUUGGCACGAUUGCUCAGAGUGGUACAUCAAAAUUUUUGAAGGCCCUCAAGGAGAACAAAGACCUUGGGGCUGACAACAGUCUAAUUGGUCAGUUUGGUGUUGGAUUUUACUCAGCUUUUCUUGUAGCAGAGAAGGUUGUGGUGUCCACUAAGAGCCCAAAAUCAGAUAAACAUUAUGUGUGGGAAGCUGUGGCUGACAGUAGCUCUUAUGUCAUUAAGGAAGAGACUAGCCCUGAGAAAAUGCUUACACGCGGAACUCAGAUUACUCUCUUUUUACGGCCUGAUGAUAAGUAUGAGUUUGCUGACCCUUCAAGGAUUCAAGGCUUAGUUAAGAACUACUCGCAGUUUGUAUCUUUCCCCAUAUACACAUGGCAAGAGAAAUCAAGAACUGUUGAGGUUGAAGAGGAUGAAGAGCCAAAAGAAGGUGAAGAGGCAAUAGAGGGUGAGAAAAAGAAAAAUAAGAAGACUAUUACUGAGAAAUACUGGGACUGGGAGCUAGCCAAUGAAACAAAGCCCAUAUGGAUGAGGAAUCCAAAGGAAAUCGAGAAAACCGAAUACAAUGAGUUCUACAAGAAGACUUUCAAUGAGUUCUUGGAUCCUCUUGCCCACACUCAUUUCACAACAGAGGGUGAAGUGGAAUUCAGGAGUGUUCUUUACAUUCCAGGAAUGGCACCACUUAGUAAUGAGGAGAUAAUGAAUCCCAAGACCAAAAAUAUCCGGCUGUACGUCAAAAGAGUCUUCAUCUCUGAUGACUUUGAUGGUGAACUGUUUCCAAGAUAUUUGAGCUUUGUAAAAGGUAUAGUAGAUUCCAAUGACCUUCCCCUCAAUGUCUCUCGGGAGAUUCUUCAAGAAAGUCGAAUUGUAAGAAUUAUGCGCAAGAGGCUUGUCAGGAAAACAUUUGAUAUGAUUGAAGAGAUUGCCGAGAAAGAUGAUAAGGAGGACUACAAGAAGUUCUGGGAGAGCUUUGGCAAGUUUAUCAAGCUUGGUUGCAUUGAGGACACAGGAAAUCACAAGCGCCUUGCUCCUCUACUGCGUUUCCACUCUUCUAAAAAUGAGGGAGGUACGAUAAGUCUUGAUCAAUAUGUAGAGAACAUGUCUGAGAAUCAAAAGGCGAUAUACUACAUCGCUACAGACAAUCUCCAGAGUGCAAAGACUGCUCCUUUCUUGGAAAAGCUGGUCCAGAAAGACAUUGAAGUUCUCUACCUUAUUGAGCCUAUAGAUGAGGUUACCAUUCAGAACUUGCAGACCUACAAAGAGAAGAAAUUUGUGGAUAUCAGCAAAGAGGAUCUGGAAUUGGGCGAUGAAGACGAAGAGAAUCAAGAAACCAAGCAGGAAUACACUCUCCUGUGUGACUGGGUAAAACAACAGCUUGGUGACAAGGUUGCGAAGGUCCAAAUAUCGAAGCGCCUAAGUUCUUCACCAUGUGUUCUUGUAUCUGGCAAGUUUGGUUGGUCCGCCAACAUGGAAAGGCUCAUGAAGGCACAAACGCUUGGUGACACAUCAAGUUUGGAGUUCAUGAGGGGGAGAAGGAUUUUUGAAAUUAACCCUGAUCACCCUAUUGUCAAGGACUUGAAUGCUGCUUGCAAAAAUGAGCCUGACAGCACAGAAGCCAAGAGGGCUGUUGAGCUUUUGUAUGAUACUGCUUUGAUCUCCAGUGGAUAUACUCCUGAGAGUCCAGCAGAGUUGGGUGGCAAGAUCUACGAGAUGAUGGCAAUUGCCCUCGGCGGGAGAUGGGGGAGGUCUGACAUAGAGGAGGCUGAAGCAACCGUUGGUGAGGCCAGCGUAGAGGCUGACUCAUCCGAAGGCAUGGUGACAGAGGUGAUUGAGCCUUCGGAGGUAAGACCCGAGAGCGACCCAUGGAAGGUUUAAUGAGUUCUCUCUCGGGCAUCCUUUGUUAGAGCUUCAUAAUAAAUAGGUUAUGAUGGGUGUUAAAUUAAAUGGAAUUCAUGGGUUAGAACAUUGGCUAUAAAUGUUCUACACUGGUUUGCUGCCAUGGCAUUUUUGUAGGUGUAGACUCACCGGCUACUUCCAUUUUAUUGGAGGAAAGGUGGCCUUAUCAAUAAAACAUGCGGAAUGAGUAGUGAUUACUGUGUCACAGAAUUCUCCUGUGACUCUAGGAGCUUUCCCAACGUUGAUGUUCUGUUUUUCCUCAUAUAACGCUACUGCUUGUAUUCUUGACUUUAGCGACAGUACCAAUAGUAAAUUCAAAUUGCACGAUGAACA